UGAACAGCUUUGCAGCGCACUCUGCAGUAAUGGAAAUAUUGUUGGUGUUAUUGGCAAUUUCGGUUGCAGCACAGGCAUCGUACGAACCACUAAUUCCAGCGAAUUUUUCCAAAGAGAAAAUAAGACAAGCUCGUAUGGUCAAUGGUAAAAUAGCCUAUACUGGACAGUAUCCGUACUUUGCCAGCAUUUUUCAUUCUACCAGCGACAAUGUGAGAGGAUUGUGUGGCGGCUCAAUUAUUGGCAAAAGAUGGAUAUUGACAGCUGCGCAUUGUGUUGACGAUAAAGCUAGCUUCGAGCUAGUGGGCCAUACUGUACUUGAUCGUGGAAACAAGUUUACUGAUGGAAAAUACAUUCAUCCCGAAUACAACCCCCAAAAUCUUCAAAACGACAUCGCUCUGUUGCAUGUUUCGAGUGAUAUUGUUUACACAUCUAACGUCAAACCGAUCACAUUACCAAAGAUUGGCGAAAGCAACUCGUUUGUAGGCUACAAGCCGAUAGUCAUGGGAUUUGGAAAAACAGGGGACUCAUCUGACUUGAGUAUAAAUCUAAGAUACGCAGAAGUGAACGUUAUUUCUAACUCCGAGUGCAUUUCAACUUAUGGACCGGAAACCGUGGCCGAUUCAACAAUGUGCGCGGUAGGACUUGCGGGACAAAGUGCCUGUACUAGUGAUUCAGGUGGUCCUGUUGUUUACAAUAAUAUUCAAAUCGGGGUUAUUUCAUUCGUUUCUUUUGCCGGUUGUGAACAAGGAAAACCAUUUGGAAACGUUCGCGUUACAAGUCACCGUCGAUGGAUCCAGAACGUAACUGGAAUAUGAGAUAAGAGUUUUCGUAAACAUGCUUUAAUUUUUUUUAUUUUGAAAUAAACCCAACACGUAAUCCGAUCAGAAGAGAAUUACAAAAUUAAAUCAAGAUGAGAUAUUUUUAUAUUUUAUUAGCUGACAAAUUUGAGGAAAUUAUUUCGAUUUGGUUUCAUGUUGGCGUCAUUUUCAAUCAAAUUUCAACAUAAUUCUGAAGCGACCGCUUAAAAUAAGAGCUGGAACUGAAGUUUGGAAUUGCACUUCACUCACUUUAGUCUAAUUUUCUGAAACUUGAUCGCUAAAUUAGUUAUCAAAGAUCUGCAAUUUUCGCUCUGUUUUCAUAAACUUCACAUUGAUUAAUUAUUUAUGCCAAAAUGGCUGUUCAACUGGUAUGAAUUCCUUACACCUUCGCCCUUUCAAUGUCGGAAGGGCUCACGAAUUUAUAUAAAAACAUUUAAGGUAUCUGAAUAACGUCACGUUUUGCUCCCUUUGUCAGAUAAAUUUUCAAGAUUUAUGUGAGAGUCUUAAAUUAUUCGUAUGCAAACAACCUCUCUCAUAUUAUAU